AUGCUGCCGGCGACGUUUGCCACGUGCAUCACUGUGGUUGCGAAUGCAACCUUCAACUACGUCUUCAUCUAUGGCUACGGCUCGUUUGAGGGCCUCGGGUUUAUCGGCACUGGCCCCGUUUUGUGCCUGGCUGUCACGCCGCCUGCCGCUCUGACCGUCUUCACGCUGUAUGCUGUUGUCAUAAGAGGCUACCACAAGGACUAUUGGUUUGGUUGGUCGAUGCAGUCAAUUAGCUGGGGGCGUCUCCACACCUUCCUCGAGCUCGGCACUCCGACGGCCCUUUCCGCCGUCGUUGAUUCCCUCUCCGGCGCCGUCGCGGGCUCGUUUGCGGGAUUGGCAGGCACGUCUGUUGCUGCAGCUCAAAACGUCUGCACGGGCUUGUUCAGCCUGUCGUAUUCGACGGUGUCCGGAUUCUCGACGGCAACGCAGAUCCGGCGCGCGCAUGACAGUGGCAAGCCGGAGUCUGCAAAAAGAAUCCUCAAGCUUGGCUCAGCGACGCUGCUCCUCGGUGGCGUCGUCGUUUGCCUCGUGCUCGGUGUCGCGCACAACAAGGUGUGGCAGAUUUGGAGCUCGGACCCCGAGCUCAUCGCUCUGUGCAACUCAACGCUCGUUGCCUUUAUGGCCUCGGUGAUGACGUGCUACUGCCGAUUUCUUCUCGCAGUUGUCAGUGUGUCGCUCGGGCCGAAGGAGGCGCGAGUCAACCUCGUUGCCAACAACAUUGCCUCGUGGCUGAUCUACAUCCCGCUUGCGUACAUCAUGCCCAUCAAAUGGGGCUGGGGCUUGCCCGGCUUUUGGUGGUCCGACUGGUCCGGCGAGAUCUUCAAGGUGGUGGUGCUUUCGUGGUCGGUCAGCCAGGUCGAUUGGGCGCAGGCGUCUCGCGAAGCUCAGGAGAGGGCGGGGAUGGACGUGAAGCAGGCGACGAUCGUUGCCAUGUCACGAGCAAGCCAGGUCGCCUUCAGCACACGGGCGAGCUUGGUCGCCUGA